CGCACCGAAAAUUUCCCCCCACUUUCCCGCCCAUCCGCGGCCCGCGCCGCGGUUCCAUGGCCUCGCCGGCGAAGCGCGCGAGGCCCUCGACUCCGGCGAAGCCCCUCGCCGCGCCGGACGCGGAGGACGCCGCCGCCGCCGCCGAGGAUCCCCGCGCCGUGCUUCGCCGCCGCUGGGAGCUCGCGUCCGUCCUCCACUUUCUGCGGGUGUUUGAGCCAGUGAUCGAGGGUAAGCUGGGGCUAUCCGCGGAGGAGAUCGAGACGGCGCUCAUCUCCAACGAGCACGACCUUGCCCGCAUCCAUAUUGCGCUUUUAAAGGGAAUACCACCAGCUAACAAAAAUCUGAAGGUUGAUGAUGGAUGGAUAACUGUAACUGCCAAGAAAUUAUCAGAGUGGUGGGCAUGGGUUGCUGAAGGUGCAAACCCGUUCAAAAAUAAUCCAGGGAACGAAAUUAACACGUAUAAGCAGCAAGAUCCAACUAAACGGCUGUUGAUACUUAAAGCACUCUGUGAAGUUCGUUCGGAGCAAAAUGAUGCAGUAUGGUAUGUUAACGAUGAAAUGAAAAAAGGAGUCAGUAUUUCCAACUUCCGAAAAGAAAAGUUAGGAAGCAGUAGCAAUGGAAGUGUAUAUUGGUAUGAUGGUGACUCAACUAUUGGCCAUAGAUUGUACAAAGAACAUGUAACAACUGAUUUUAAGCAGAACUGGAAGGGAAAGAAUGGGCGUUUGACAAAGCCAAUUAUCAAUAUCCAGUGGGAAACAGUAGCAACCAACCUCGAUGAGUUUGUUGAGAUAUCAGAGAAGUUAUGCAGUAAAGGUCGACCUGAAUCUGCCAUUGGGGAGCAUAUUAAGGCAGAAAUAAUUCCAGCUGUGGAGAAGAUUCAAAAGAAGAAAGAGAGGGAUUUAAAACGUCAGCAGAAGAAGGAUGAACUUUUAGCUUUUGCUGCUAGCUUCCAAACCCGUUCACUGCGUGAACGUAGGCCUGUCAACUACAAUUACUCUGAUUAUGAUCGUUCUAUAAAGGAGGCAAUAAAAGCUGCAGCGAAAACAAAAGAAUCUGAUCCAAAUGUGGCAGCCAAAAAAGAGAAGAGUGCGUUACAUCAGGGUAACAAAGAUGCCAAUGGAGGAUCUGACACCAGUUCAGAGCAUAACAAAGUUGGAGAACAGGAGGAUGCUGGAAAGUCUGACAUUAAUAUGGAGCAGAAGAAAGAUGGAGAACAGGAGGAUGCGGAGUCCCUUGAUGACCUGAGCUCCGAUGAGGAUGAUGAUAGAGACUACAGUGAUAAGGGUGAUGGCUUGUCAGGCAGUGAUGGAGACAAUCAUGCUUAUGAUCCCAACAAGGGCGACACCAAAGAGGAGGAAGUGGCUGUCCCACGUAAGAGGACUCGUCUUGCCGCCCGUGGGUUCAAUGGCAAGCCUCCGCAAGGGCUUCGCCGGAGUCAGAGAAACGUGAAGAACGAUGGUAACAUCAUGCGCCCAGGAAAGCUUACUCCUAGAUCCAUGACAAAGAAAACAAUGAGGCAAAGGCCAACAUCUAUCUCAAAGCAGUUCUCUCUGUCGGGCUCGGAAGAUGAUCGUGAAAUGGUAGUUGCAGACUCCGAGGAGGAAUCUGAUUAAGUUUAGAUAAAUUUAUGCCCCCGUUUUUGCAUUUUGUUUGUUGGAUGUUGGUGAAAAAUUCGGUAGUUCAGUCCUCUCACCAGCUUCCAAUUGUACCAGGUAGGGGGGAAGCAGGCAACACCGGUGCUUGUACUUUACCGGUUGCUGACUUGCUGUGGUGAAUGUACAUACGCAUCAGCUGCGACGCAUCACCACUUAGCUCAAGUAAUGAAAACUUUUAGUAGUAGUAUUUGUCAUGAUGUCGCGGCUUGCUGUGAAAUAUUUUGUGCCUAUGUUUUGGGCAUUGGAGGGAGUUGAAUUUCUUGUUUCUGCUGUUUCGAU